AGGGGCGACGACGACGCCAAAGGAAACCCAAAAGCACCACCCUCCUCCCUCCAUCCGUCCAUCCAUCCAUCACCCUCCUCGCCUCGCCUCUCCGUCCCAUUCCCCCGCCCUCCUCCCAACCAAUCCCGUGCCACUGCCCCGCCCACUCCGGACUCCAUCCUCCAACUCCACCUGCCUGCCGGACGCCGGCGACCGACGGGAGAGGCGCCGAGCGGCUCUGGAUUGGAACCUGCUCUCGAGGCGGUAGGCGCGCCAUGGGGUGCGUGUUCUCCAGGCGGGAGAAGCGGGAGGGGUCGGCGCGGCCGCAGGGCCGGUCCGUCCAGCCGCAGCCGUACCACCACCAGCAGCACCAGCAGCAGGCGCUCGGGGCGGUCUUCGACGCGCGCCGGGGCCGCUACGGCCCCACCGACUUCGACUCCGGGGAGAUCGCCAUCCCGCCGCCGCACAAGCCCCACAAGGUAUCAGAACCAGGUACGUUUAUAGGAAGAGCCAGCAUCGCUGGCCUGGAAAAGGCCGUCGAGGUGUUAGAUACCCUUGGCAGCGGCAUCGCAAGUUUGAAUCACGGCAGUGGGUUUCUCUAUGGGGGAACAACCCGAGGAAAUAAAGUCGAGAUUCUGGCAUUCGAAGUCGCAAAUACGAUAGCUAAAGCCUCCAAUUUGUGGAGGUCAUGCUCCGACGAUAAUAUAAGAGAACUCAAGGAAGAAAUCUUGCAUUCAGAUGGCGUGCGGAUAUUAAUCUCCUCAGAUCCCAGCGAGCUCCUGCAUAUUGCUGCCAUCGACAAAAGGGAAGAACUCGCCAUCCUUUCAAGAGAAGUAAUUCGAUUUGGUGACCUGUGUAAAGACCCCAUAUGGCAUAACUUGGGACGCUAUUUUGAGAAGUCGACAAAAGACUCCAUGCCUCAGGAUCAUUCAAAAGAGCAUAUCGGAACUACUGUCCAGCAUUUGAUUAGCUUGGCUCAAAACACUUCUGAGCUUUACCAUGAAUUGCACGCGCUGGAUAGAUUUGAGCAGGAUUUUCAAAGAAAAUUUCAUGAAGAGGAGUCUGUACCGGCAGCUAGAAGAGAGAGUGUUAUGAUUUUGCACAGUGAACUAAAGCGCCAAAGGAAGCUUGUGAAAACUUUGAAGAAGAAAUCCUUGUGGUCCAGACCUUUGGAGGAUGUUGUGGAAAAGCUUGUUGAUAUCGUCAUUUUUCUUGAUAAACAAAUCCGGGAUGCAUUCGGCGAAGCUGUUCCUGUAGGUACUGACUUCAUGGAGCAAGGUCAGAGUAAAAGGCUAGGUGCCUGUGGUCUGGCACUACAUUAUGCUAACAUUAUCAAUCAAAUUGAAAAUAUAGUUUCUCGGCCGCUCUCUCUUCCUCCUAGCGCUAGGGACAACUUGUACCAUGGACUGCCAGAAACAGUGAAGUCGGCUCUGCGGCCACGGUUGCAAUCAGUCAAAACUGAAGAUGAGGAGCGUUCUGUAUCUCAAAUCAAAGCCGAAAUGCAGAGAACCCUUCGCUGGCUGCUGCCAAUAGCAGAAAAUACGACAAGAGCACACCAAGGAUUCGGAUGGGUCGGCGAAUGGGCAAACUUUGGGAGUGACAUGGACGAGAAAUCGGGCUCCCGGCACAGCGUGACCCGGGUGCAGACGCUGCACCACGCCGACAAGGCCAAGACGGAGGAGCACAUGCUGGAGCUGGUGGUGCUGCUCCACCACCUGGUGCUCCAGGUGAAGAGCCGAGGCUACGGGCACAACAAGUCGACAAGGCGGGAACGGUCUCGGUCCCGCAAGGGCGGACCGUCGUCGUCGUCGGAACCGCCGCAUCAUGAAGCAGACACCACCAGGCACAACACGUCGCCGAUGAACAACAGCCAUGGCAGCACGUGCCCUAGCCCGCUGUCGGACUCUGAUCGCGAGACGCUGGACCACCUGAGCUUCAAGCGGACGACCAGCUAUGGCCGGAGCAAGAGCUGCGAGCCUCGGCCUGGCAGGGGGAACAAGGCGCACCGGAGCUGGGACUCGUGCCGGAGUCACGGCAGCUCGCCGGCGAGGGAGUUCGGCCGGGGCUCGACCUCCGGGCGUGAGAUGGUGAGGGACCUGGAUGUGAUAGAUGGGCUGGGUAGACUGACUCUUUCGUUUAGUUAGAGAGAGGGAGUGUGUGAGAGAGAGGAGAGGUUUGGUUUGCACAGGGUGAGAGUAGGUAUUCUUUGGCUUUUGCCGCCUUCUUCUUCUUCCGGCUCGUCGAUUCGAUCGUAUAUAUCUUGUAUAUGGCUUUUCUAUAAUUAUAUAUGUUUGGGUAGUUUCUGUACAUAUAUAGAUUAUACAUCAGUGUUACAGUUGGGUUCUGAUUUGAGUGGAAAUAUAGUAGGAUCAGAAGGGAUGCUCCAUUAUCUCA